AUGGUCGCAGCACACUUGGUAGUCUUUGGCGGGAAUGGGUUUCUCGGGAGGAGAAUAUGCCAACAGGCGUUGAAAUCAGGGUUCCAAGUGACCGCGCUGUCUCGCUCAGGGCUGGCCCCUAGGUCGCAGAGAAGGGGCGACGAGCGGUGGGUACAGCAGGUUAAUUGGCGCUCCGCGGACGUGUUCGAACCAGAGAGUUACAAACAACAUCUGCAAACCGCGACACACGUCGUCCACUCGCUAGGGAUCCUGCUCGAAAAAGAGUCCUACAAAUCAAUCCUUGCUAACCCACUCUCCAAACUGAUGGGAUCAAAUUCGAAUCCGCUACUGUACCCACGGAAGGAUACCACUGAAAAUCCCGGUUUCACAUAUGAACGGAUGAACAAGCAGAGCGCGGUUAUACUGGCCGAGGCGUUCGCUAAGACGCUGCAGAACACGAGGCACAGACUGCCCAUGCCGCCCACGUUCUCCUACAUAUCUGCUGACAGGUGGUCCCCGCUCGUGCCCGCUGGGUACAUCGACUCCAAGAGAGCUGCAGAGACUUUGUUGACGAAGUUCGAAAACUCGUUCAGACCCAUCUUUAUGAGACCUGGGUUCAUGUUCGACGAGACUACUAAAUAUUCGCUGAAUUUAAGGACUUGCUUGGCAGAUAUAAGCAGUACCCUAAAUUGUGCGAACAAACUGAUAUUGAGGGAAAGAUUUAACGCCCUGAACAAAAGUAUCAGACCUGUUGUAUCCACGCAGCGGGUCGCAUCUUGCCUGAUGGAGAAAAUCUACGACCCGAAAUUCAACGGUGUAGUGACGCUAACCGAGAUGACAAGUUGA